AGGAGAGACAUCCGAUAGUCAACUUCCGGGGAAAAUUGCACAUGUUUAUAUUUUCAACUUUUUUAGGUUAGAGAAAAGAGAAAAGUCAAUGAUUUUGAGUCGUUAGAACUGAAAAAAUAAUGGGAAGUAAAACCAAAACAAACAGGCUCCCGAAACUACACAAAGGAAAGGCCAAAAGAUGGAAGAAAGGUCAUAGUUCGACAUCUAAUCCAGAAAAGAAGACGUUUAGAGAAGCUGCAAGGAACAGAUUUUUCAAUAAAACUGAUGGGCCUAGUGUGUUGACAGUUGAUGCACUGGCAAAACAUGACAAAUCUCAAGGUGAGAAUGAUGCUGAAUCCAUGGUUACAGAUUCUGACCAGCAGACAAUGGGAACAUUUAAAACGUGGGCAACAAACUGGACAGACUGUACAAAUGCUACAUUCAGUAAAGUUCAUCGUUACUGGUCCUCUAACUCAGCAUUACAUAAAGAGAUACUGGCAGUAUUGGCUGCAGUGACAGAGGUCAUCAAGACUGAAGGUGGUAAAGAGACGGAGACAGAAUAUUUUGCAGCACUGAUGACGGCCUUGGAGAGUGCAGAAGGUGUUGAAUCUCUUACAGCUAUUGUAUAUCUUCUCUCACUUGUCUUAAAGAGAGUUGCUGUUCCUGUUUUGAGAAGCAAGUUUUCCGAGGUGGCCAAGUGUUUACUGGACUUGAUGGGUCAAUAUGCUGAUGAAGAUGCCACUUCUCUACUGAAAUCUUUGAUAACGUCUCUCUCGUUUCUGUUACGUUCACAAGAACGAGCCAUAUGGAACAACUCCUCCACCCAGCAAAUCUACAAAGGUCUUCUGACUUUCAUAACCCACAAGAAACCAAAGAUUCGGCGAACAGCACAGCAGGGUGUAUGUAUUGUGUUGAAGGGAAGCCUGUUUAUGUUGCAGGACGGUGCGCCAACACAUCAUCCAGCAGCUGCCAUGACAGCCAAACACUGCAUACAAAUUAUCGAGGCCACUGGAGGUAUGGGAGAGGCAGUUGAUACAUUACACACGCUAUCUCUUCUGAGACAAAUACUUCCUGUGUGUGCCCAGCAUAGUGUGAAAACAGCAUGUGAAACAGUACUCAAAGUGAUGACUCUAAGUAAUGUGAUGGUAACAGCCAGCAGCAUGCAGGUCUUGCACAGUUUAUUCCAGGCCAAACCUAAACCCGAAAGCUUGCCAGCAGAACUUAACGCACAGAUUAUAACAGCCCUUUAUGACUACCAGCCCUCAGAAAAUGAUGUCCAACCAACAUUGGCAUGGCUAGUUGUUAUGGAAACGGCACACAUUAAUCUUUCCAGUUUGGAUGGGAAGUUGUGCAUGAGUCAUUUACCGAAGCUGUUCUCGGCUGGGAUGGUGUGUAUGUUGUCAGUGAAGCCAGAAAUAACUCAAGCUGCAGCUAAAUCUUUGAAGUCCGUGAUCAGCAGUUGUAUUGCACCGCUGGCUGAGAGUUUAGCACCACAGUUGAACACGGAGGGUGGGAACACAUCCAUACACAAAGUACUGAAGGCGGUGGAAAGUGGACUUGGGUAUCAGUUUCAUGCAUCCUGGGGUCUUGUGUUGCAGCUGUUUGCUGUUCUUUACCAGAGUCUUGGUAAGCAGUGUCCUACAGCAUUUUGCAAGAGUUUGUCAACAAUAGCAGAUCUACGGGACAGUGUAAGAUUCCCAUACAAAGGGGAGCUAGAUCAUGCAGUGGGCUGUGCUGUCAAGUCGAUGGGCCCAAAGUCUGUACUCAGUGCAAUACCUUUACAGAUCACUGGACAAAGUGAUGACCUAGAUUUUCCAAGAAGUUGGUUGUUACCAGUGAUCAGAGACAACGUACAAGAAACAGAGCUUGGGUUCUUCAUCUCCUAUUUCCUCCCUCUAGCAGCUAAACUCAGACAAAGAGCAUUAGAGUUGUCUGACCAGCAGAAUAUUGUUGCAUCAAAGACGUACGAGACGCUACAGUUACAGAUUUGGUCUCUGUUACCAGGGUUUUGUACCAGGCCUACAGAUCUAGCACAGUCAUUCAAAGGUAUAGCAAAGGUGUUAGGUACUGCAAUAAGUGAAAGAGAUGAUCUAAGGAUGGACGUAAUGUCUUCAUUGAGAAAACUUAUCAACCAGAGUAUUAGUAAUGAUGAAGCAAAGACCGAGCUGUCCAGGUUUUCAAAGAAUUUCCUUCCUAUCCUAUUCAACUUGUAUACAACAGAUCCUGUGAGAGACAAAGAUCCUUCCAAACUUGCUGUACUUGAAACUAUCAAAUGUUACCUACAAAUCACUGAUAAACAGUCAGUGGCAACAUAUUGUGAUAAAUGUAGAGAGAGAUUAAAAGAAGAAAACAUCACAGCAUAUAAAAGAUAUGCACUACAUGACUUGCUGAUAGGAUUUUUACCGUAUUUGAGCAAGACGGAACUGUUAUCUAUGUUUCAACUAGCCAUAGAACAUUUGCAGGAUAUAGACAAGUCAGUACAGAAAAAAUGUUACCGUAUACUUGAGGAGAUCUGUUCGGGCAAGUCUGUAGAGAGUAGAGAGUUUGUGAUGGAGAAUCUCACCUCGAUACAAACAUCAUUGUUAUCAUCACUGUCAGCAUCUAGUCCUUCAUCUAAAGCUCCUCGAUUGAGAUGCCUUGUAAACAUAUUCCAGUUACUAGACAAAAGACAAGAUGAUUUCUUACUAGCUGUUGUUCCAGAGGCAAUAUUGUGUACUAAGGAAGUGGCAGAGAGAGCUAGGGCAGCAGCCUAUAAUCUUCUUGUAGAGAUGGGUAAUGCUGCAGUAAGGUGGUCUGAAAACAAUGAUAAUGCCGUGUUGGAAGAGUAUUUUAAGAUGGUUAUGGCUGGGUUUGCUGGUUCUCCACAAAUGAUCAGUGCCACGUUACUUGCUUUAACAAGAAUCAUGUACCAGUUUAAAGGGCAGAUGUCCAGUGAGAUGUUGGAAUCUGUUAUAGACAAUGUAUGUUUGCUGUUGAGAUCCAAGUCCAGAGAGGUUGUACAGAGUGCCCUCGCAUUCCUGAAGGUCACAGUGUCCGUGUUCCCAGUGACCACACUGGCACAGUAUCUUAAAUCUAUUAUGACAAGUUUAACAAGUAUGAAAGAAGAUUGUCACCAUCACUUCAGGUUCAAAGCAAAGGAGGUUUACACUAAACUCAUCAAAAAGUUUGGCUACGAGACUAUUUACAAUAUGGCCACUGACAGUAUUCGUAAACAACUGGUUAAUAUACGUAAAACAUUGGAACGAGCGAAAAAGAAGAAAAGAACUACAGAUGAUGCUAGUGAAAGUGAGGAUGAGCAAGAGCACUUCAAUACACAGCAUGAAAGUAUUGAUGAGCUUCUGAAAGACUCGGAUUCAGAACCUGAAGAGGAGCAGAAAGAUAAAAGGCCCAAACUGAAGGCCAAAAGAUCUUUGAAAGAUGGCAAGGAGACAGGCAAGGCAUGGCUACACGAGGGAGGAGAUGACGACAUUACAGACUUCAUGGAUACAUCUGCUGCCAAGAAAGUUAUGGCCACCAAACCUGUAGAGAAGAAACCAAAGAAGGCGGACUCUGGGUUCAAAACAGCCCCUGACGGUAGACUCAUUAUAACAGAAUCCAGUGAUGAUGAAGGAGGGGACAGCGAAGAUGAAGAUAUAGAUGAGUUGCUUGAGGCAUUAGAGAAAGGACGUGAUACAGGCAAGAUAAAGCAGACAAAGAAGAGAAAAAUAGAAGAUCUUGGUGGAUCAGAUGACGAGACCUCCAGUCCACCUAAAUACAGAGCUGGAGGCAGUGGUAUACACAGACCACUCAACAAACAGGACAAGCCAGACAGAAAACCAGCCCAAUAUGGCAGUGAAUACAAGUCUAAGAAAGGAGGAGGUGACAUGAAGAAAGCUGGCAAACAUGAUCCAUAUGCUUAUGUUCCUCUCGACUUCAGAAGUCUCAAUAAAAGGAAACAAGCUAAGAUGAAGGGACAGUUCAAGAAUUUAGUGAGAGGAGCAAAGAAAGGAGCUGCUAAAGGGAAAAAGUCGAAAAAGAAAUCUUAAAUUGACAGUUGUACUUCGACAUGUAUAUUGUUAAAGUUAAGAAAAUAAAUGUGGUGAUAUACAGGGCAGUUUUGUUCAUGAAGAAGUGGGUCGAGGUUGCCUCUAUAGGAAUCAAAAAUGUAGUAUUUUCUUUCCACAUAAAUCUUUGUUCCUAAGGAAUGACCUUUAGGUCACAUCAUCUAUAAUUUCCUGACACUCGCUGAAUAAUAACUGUUCUGAAUAUUCACCUCCGAUUUCUGCAUACAUUUAUUCUGACUCUUCAACGUUGGAUCAAUUUUUUUGCUUUAAGUUCUGCAAGGAUUCUCCAGUUAAAAGCUUUGUUAUUUGCCCAGGUUUGCAGAUUUGUAGUAUUUUGCCAGCAGUUAUUGUUAAUUAUUUUCUGAUUGAAAUGAAAAUUAUUAUAAUAAAAUUUUAUUUAAAACUGCA